CACCCCCCAUCAGGCACAGACGAGUCGUGGGAAGCGACACGGCCCCAGGGAUGCUCUCCCCUGCUGGUCUUUGUGAACAGCAAGUCAGGUGACAACCAGGGUGUGAGGUUCCUGCGGCGUUUCAAGCAACUUCUCAACCCUGCGCAGGUGUUUGACCUCAUGAAUGGCGGACCAGUUCUUGGUUUGCGGCUGUUCAAGUGUUUCAACCCCUUCAGAAUACUUAUCUGUAGUGGAGAUGGCUCUGUGGGAUGGGUUUUAACAGAGAUUGACAAGCUUCAUAUGACAAACCAGUGUCAGAUAGGAGUGCUACCUCUUGGCACAGGGAAUGACCUGGCACGUGUCCUAGGAUGGGGCUCAGCCUGUGAUGACGACACGCACUUGCCCCACAUCUUGGAGAAGUAUGAGCGUGCAACAACCAAAAUGCUGGACAGAUGGAGCAUCAUGAGCUAUGUCAGCCAUGUAUCUCUGAGUGGAGAGCAGCAGCUGUCAACCAUGACGUCCCCUUCCUUGCUGUCCCAAGUUGCAGCCUAUGAGGAUUCAGUUGGUGCUCAUUUGGCAACCCUGCUACAGUCGGAUCAACACUCCGUUGUCAUUUCAUCUGCUAAAGUCCUUUGCGAGACAAUCAAAUCCCUGAUAAUGAAAGUGGGCAAAAGUUGGGGAGACUCGUCAGAAUCACAAGAUGGAGCCGCAUCAUCAGAGGAUUCGCUAACAGCCAAAUGUGCGGUGCUCAACGACAAGCUAGACCUGCUUCUCCGUGCCUUGCGUGAAGAGAGUACAGCCUCAAUGUCCACUGUCAGUAGUGUGCAGGAAGAUUCAUCUUUUGUAGAAGAGAGCCCUGAUACAAGUGUUGAUCUGGAAAUUGCUGAAAGGACCAGUUUGUGUAAGGAAGAAAAGAAUAUUUCUAACAUUCACCAAAAAAAGAAGACCAAAACGAAACACUUUAUAGAGCGAGAUGCUUUAAUGUCUAGAGCGAAUAGCCUGAAAAAGGCUGUCAGAGAAAUCAUAGAACACACUGAGAGAGCCGUUGACAGCCAGAAUGAACAGACCUUCAUUCGACAGCAGCCACCCACUAUCAGGCUCGAGCCAUCGGAGGAUGACCCCUCACAUGAAAUACAAGCUCCGACUAUCACACACUCAGGGUUACAGGUCCUGCCCACCAUCGAUGCUUCUUCAUCUGAGCCAUCGCCGUGCCCCUCCCCCCUUCCUGCUCCCGGGUUGCCUCCAUUUGUUUCAUCCAUCACCACAAACUUCCCCCUCCCCCCCGUCUCUCCUCUCCCAUCAUCCCAUCCCAUGUAUUCCAUCCACACUCAGCAGCUCUCUGGCUCUUCUUUCCUCCAGCUCCCGGGAGGAAGCUCACCUCCCCUUGACACAGCUGGUGAUGUGGAACAACUGAGGUUCCAAUACCAAGCCAUCUCUCCCCUGCCUGACCUGCGCCGCGAGAGCCAUGGGGAGUUCGAGUUCCCCCCAACCCUCCCCGUGCCCAGUGAGUUUGCCGAUCUCUCUAGGAAGAACAGCAUGCAAGAAGGGAGAGAGGGUGAACGGGCCCCCCCUAUAUCUUUCGAGGACAUUGAAGUGCAGAUACAAUCCUCCACUGACAAUCUCUUAGAUGUAGGUGAAGACGAGCCUUAUACUUUUGAAGAAAAGUCCAUCACAGAAAUCAGGGACUCACUUGUUAAUUCCUUGAACAACUCACUAGAUAUUGAUGAGGAUUGGGAAGAGGAUGCAGCAGAAGAUAGGAAUAAGGAUCAAACAGAUGAGGAACAGAAAGUUGAUGAUAUUCAGGAAGAUGAAAAGGAAAAGACUGAAGCUGGAGAUAGUGAUGAAACAGACAAUACUGUGAGGGAGACUUGCAAAUAUGAAGCCAAGGAUGAUGAAAAUGGCAACACAGAGGACACGACACCAGAAGGAGACAUCAGUGUCAUUGAAGAUGUGUCCACUAAUGUAGAAGAUGAAGACUUUCCCACAGUAAGAGAGAACCUUGAAACGGAAGAAUAUGAGACUGAGGAGGUUCCUCAGAGAGAAGAUCCUACAGGACAAGAGUCACAUGAAGAAAUUCAGACUCCAGAAGUCCCUCUUGCUGAGGCAGAGACUUCAGAAAGUAUUGAGGAUGAGCUAGAAGACACUGUACCUCCUCCAUCAGAGCGGUAUGUGGAGGGUGCUGAGGCCACAGCAGAGGAAGACCAAGACGAGGAGAAAGGUGAGGAGUCCAAGCAACCCCCCCGCCCAGCUAGUGAGGUUAGCACAGUCUUCCCACGGCUCGAGCCUACACCCACCGACCGGAGCUCAUCAAAUACCCUACUGAGCCCUCCCGCUGUGCCUCAUGUACAACCGCCACCCUUGCUUCACCAGACCCACGUGCAUGAUGCUUUAAAGACCAAACACUCACAGACCACUCUUCAUAAAUGCCUGACUCCACUGGACUUCCCUCAUCAUAGCCACCCCACAUAUCAUUCUUCCAUGGGGCGAGUGCUUUCGCCUGAUAUCAGUGGCGAAGAUUUGUCAUUGCAGAAACAUCUGACACCUAUUUUGCGGGUGAGACAGAGUCCUAUCUCAGCUUGUGGGACCAUGACCCAGUGCACAGAAUUAAUGCAGUUGGAACCUGUUCCAUGUUCUGGGUCCAUGUCACACACAACCUUAUCCUCAGUACCUUGUGCCUCAACCUCAGGGACAAAGUCAGCUUUCCCCUAUGAUACAGAUCCUUCCUCUAGUCCUGUGAAAGUAAGAGAUACCAACUCUUCUCUAUCCCUGUCACAGUCUGCAGUCCCUAAUUCUCCAGUAUCACCACCCUGCCUUUCCCUGCCUUCUACCCCUGCAAUGACAAGUCAAGGAAGCGCAAGUACUCUCUCCUCCCUGUCACACUCAACCCCACACACUCCAUCAUCUGCAGGUUUUUUGAUGCCACCUGUGUGGGCCUAUAUGGCCCCUUCCUCUCCUACCCUCACCAAACCAGCAUCCUCAUCAUCCAUCCUCACAAACCCUCCUUCUCCAUCAGCAUCGCGGCGAAUAUCUACAGGCUCUACCCUCAAAAGUCCAGGGCCACCCAUCUCCACUCUGAAUGUGACAUCUACGACCCCUGGACGGGACAAGAGCAGGAGUCCUGAGCGUGGGGGGCGGGGUUCUACAAGCCGAGGCUUAGCUAGAAGCUCUGCGGCUGCCCGAUCAUCUCGCAAACACCUCCCUAUCAUCAACCCACUUGUCUCACUACCCAUGUGGCCAAACAUUGCAGCGGGUGCCAGCUCGGGAGGACUUAUCAGUAAGGUUCUGUUGGCCAAUGCUGACGCUUUGUGUGCCGCAGCCUCUCCCCUUAUGGACCUUGAUGACUCAUCCUUAGAUGGGUAUGAGGAAAGGUGCACAAUGAACAACUAUUUUGGCAUUGGGAUUGAUGCCAAGAUAACACUGGAUUUUCACAACAAGCGAGAAGAACAUCCAGAAAAGUGUCGUUCCCGUACAAAGAACUUCAUGUGGUAUGGUGUAUUAGCAUCUAAAGAAUGGUUAUGUAAAACUUACAAAAAUCUGGAUCAGCGAGUACAGCUGGAAUGCGAUGGUGAGAGAAUUCCUUUACCAUCACUCCAGGGUAUUGUUGUACUUAACAUUCCAAGUUUCAUGGGUGGCACCAACUUCUGGGGCGGCACAAAGGAGGAUGACUGCUUCCUGGCUCCCAGCUUUGAUGACAAAAUACUGGAGGUUGUUGCUGUAUUUGGUUCUGCACAGAUGGCUGCCUCGCGGAUCAUAAAUCUGCAGCAUCACCGCAUUGCCCAGUGCUCUAGCAUUAAGAUAACAAUCCUUGGAGAAGCUGGAGAGGAAGGUGUACCAAUUCAAGUGGAUGGUGAGGCUUGGACACAGCCUCCAGGCAUAGUCCGCAUUGUACACAAAAAUCGUGUUCAGAUGCUGUGCAGGAAUAGGGACUUAGAAGUAUCUCUGAAGGCCUGGGAAGAGAAGCAGAGGAGCUCAGGAAGCCAAGCUAAGGAGCCAUCACUGCUGGCUGAUGAAGAGCUACCUGUACUUGCUGCCUUGGCUACUGUUGUGAGCGAAGUCAUCAGCACAUUGCGGUUGGUGGCAGUGAGUACACCAAACUUGGAAAACCGCUUGAAUGAAUUGGCGUCAUCAGCCUCCACUUGCCUUGAGAAAAUGUGGCGUGAGGAAAGAGUCAUUGAAGGUCCAAACUUAAGAAUGUUGGCAACAGAGCUUGUGAAUAAUGUGAAGGGCCUGCAUGCUGAAAUUAUGACAAUCUUGAAGGAAGAAACACUUGUGUUGACCCAGACACUGGAUGACAAUUUGCGUGGAAAUUUAACCCAACUUGAGAACUCGCUAAAACAUGCUCAUGAGAAAGACAACUUGAUACACUUUUUGUCAGAAGAGGAGGGCGAACGUAAAAGAGCACAUUCUAAAGGCUUGUUCAAACUGAAGCUGAAGCGAGAAGGGCGACGUGGUGGAGCCGAGAGGGAGGUCAGGGAGUGGGGUCCGGAUGAGGUGGCGGCAUGGCUAGAUGCCCUGCAGCUCACCGAGUACAGGGAGUCCUUUAUCCGCCAUGACAUCAGGGGAUCAGAGCUUCUUAAUCUGGAGCGAAGGGAUCUUAAGGAACUUGGAAUUACUAAAAUCGGCCACAUAAAGCGAAUCCAGCAAGGUAUUCGAGAGAUCAAAGACAGUAAGUCUCACAGCUAAACUGCUUACAUAAAACUUGGUCACAAGAAGAAGAUUUGAUACUUUUUACCUGCACCCUCAGAGGACACCUUUGGAAGAGAAGGUUAUGAAUACAUUCAUGGAAACCUUGAACCUUGAUAUGGGUCCCUGCUUUUCUUUGUAUAUUUUCCUUAUUUUGGAGUAUGGCACUAUUCAUUGUCAAGUUCCUUUAUAAGCAAGAGGAGGAAAUUCCCUUUAAGUGUGCAAAUGCCACUGUUUAUGUUUUUUGCCUUUAUGUGAUGAUUUUCUUGUAGAUGUUACAUGGCAUUAAGAUAUUGCAGAUUGACUGAAGUUACUGCAUUGUGAUUUGAAAGGUUUUGAAAGGACAAUUGAUGACCAAGAGUUUGUUUUAUUUUUUUAAUGGAUGUUGCAGAGUUGAUAGGAAUUUUGUAUUCAUGGGAUUAAUGAUUAGACCAUGAUUAACUGGUUUUGUAGACUGUACUUGAUAUUCAAGCCAUGCUGUAUGCAUUUUUUGUAAUAAUUUUAGAAUUCUGUUAUUGAUUUUCAGAAAAAAAAAUAAUUAGGAAGAUAUUUUAGAUAGCUAUAUCUAAUAUUCAGCAACAACACAUCAGAAAUUCAUGUGGAAUAUGUAUUGAAAUAACAGACAAAUUUUUCAGCUGCAUUUAAAGGAAUAGAAGUGUAAUGAUUUAUAGCUGAAAAAUGCAUUAGAGAUUUUACUCUUUGUAAUACUAUUUAAAUGUUAGCACUAGUUCUUAGAAUGUGAAUGACCUUGUUCAACAAAGUGUAAUGAAAGUUAUAGAUAUGAAAGCCGGUCCUCAAGAACAACUUGGUUGAGUUCAAGCCGCGUAGACGGAUGUUUCAUGUCAUACUGGUAGCAGGUUUGGAUCUUUUAUGACAACUGUUUGUUGCAGGAGCAUUAUCUUUAUUGUUUUCAAGGUUGUUUCUUGUUUUAUACAUGAUUUUCAUACCAUUCUGUUGUACAGUGGAAAACAUGUACACCAGAAUUUUAAGUAAGCCUGUUGUAGGGCUGUGAUACUGAGUAUGAUAAAUCCACCAGACUUGUAUAGUCUUAUUUAAAGGAACAGAAAAGGUCAGAUGGGGUUGCUCUCUAGCAUGUUUAGAUCCUGAGUCACUGUUUACAAGGAAAUGAUAUUGAAGUGGAAUAACAGUAUUACAGAAUUAUCUCCACCUAAUCACUUAAUGUAUACCAAAGAUUAACUGCAUUUUUAAUUUUUUUAUUGUUAUUAUUAAUUUUUUACUUUGUAUUUAAAUAGAUGCACAUUAUGAAUUAAGCUAUUGAUAUAUGUAUAACUCAGAAUUGACUGUCAGAAAUACAGAAUAUGAAUUCCACAAUUAAAGAAAGUAGCUUGUUAAAGAGAAAUGGAUAGACAUUUUAGGUUUCUGAUGCAAGGUACAGGAACAGCUAAUUGUGUGCAUGGAAAAGCACCCCAUCUUGUGCUGCCAUUCUCAUCUCAAUGAGCCCCUUGAGAUUAACUUGAGUCACAGUAGGUAUCAUCUUAAGGAUGGUUUUAAGUUGGGGUUGUGCUCCUCUAUUUAGAAGUAUAGAUUUUAAUUUGUGUCUGAAGUAGAUUCCUAGACAUUGCCAAGCUUUCCUGAUCGGAAGUGAGAGUUUUCUGAACUGUCAUGGAUUUGCUCAUUUCACUUGUGCUUUUUGUGCAUCUCCAAUUUGAUCUUCUGUUUCUUAAAAGAUAUUCUGUGUAAGUCUCUUACACUUUUUCUCCAUAGACAUUGUUAGGUUUAACUACUAGGUUUAGUUGUUAAUGGUAAAUAGCAUGAGGGAAGCUGUCAGUAUAAGUAUAAAGAAUAAUACAAGCCUGAUGAGAAAAGUAAUAGUGUUAACCAAGCAGAUAUUUUUAAGUUGUAAGGAUUGGGCUAUCAUUUUUUUCCUCUUUAGGAUUAGCUACUUGAGAUUGACAUAUUCUUCUAGUCUAUUUCAGAGUACAAAACAUUUUAAUAAAUGGGAAGCUUCCAGCAAUAAUACUUUGUGAAGGCUGUUUGGAGUCUGAUCCUUGUGAGUUCUUAGACUGUAUCAAGGUGUUUGAAAGGACUAGUUUCUUAAGAAAAGGUCAAAGCACAGAUACACAAUAGCACUUUUCUUUUAUUCUCUCUUUUUCUCUCUCCCUCUCCCUCUCUCUCUCUCUCUCUCUCUCUCUCU